GCAGAGGAACAAGAGGCGGAGGCAGCUCUCCAGAGGAAGGCUCCUCCUGGCUUGUUCUUCUGGAAAUGGACCGGCAUUCGGGCAGCUUAACCAUGUUCACCAAGGAAGAUUUUGAGGACGAUUGGCUCAAGGUGGCCAGUGGGGUUUUUGGCGAGGUCUUCCGAGUGAGGCACAAGCGAUGGAGAACCACCUUUGCAGUGAAGUGCUCCUCUCGCCUUCCCCAGGACUCCAGACCUGACAGAACCAGCACAAAGCAUCUCGUUGAAGAGGCAGCCAAAAUAGAGAAAAUCAAGUUCCAGCACAUUGUGUCCAUCUAUGGUAUCUGUUACAGCCCUUUGGGGAUUGUGAUGGAAUAUAUGGCCAAUGGGUCCCUGGAGAAGAUUCUCCCCACCCACCAAAUGUCUUGGCAACUCAAGUUCCGGAUCAUCCAUGAGACGAGCUUGGCUGUGAACUUCUUGCACAGUCUGAAGCCUCCUUUGCUUCACCUGGACCUAAAGCCAGGAAACAUCCUACUGGAUGCCAACAUGCAUGUGAAGAUUUCAGAUUUUGGACUCUGCAAGUGGAUGGAGGAAUCAAGCCUAAUGGAAUACAUUGAGAGGUCAGCCCAGAGGGGUAGUUUGAGCUAUAUCCCUCCUGAGAUACUUCUGCAGAGUGCCAGUCCACCAGGAACCAAGUUUGAUGUCUACAGCUUUGGGAUUGUCAUCUGGGAGAUUCUUACCCAGAAGAAGCCAUAUUCAGGGGUCAAGACAAUGGCUGUCAUCGUCACCGUGGCAACAGGCCAGCGCCCCUCCAUGGAGCCCAUCCAUGAUGACUGGCCAGCGGAAUGCCAGCAGAUGGUUGACUUGAUGAAGAGAUGUUGGGACCAAGAGCCCCAGAGGAGGCCAAGCUUCACAGAUGUUGUGGUGGAGACGGACAUGCUAUUGUCCCUAACCCAAUGCCCUGUGGUGGACCUGGAGAAUGAGCGCUUCUCCAGGAAGAUGUCGGUGAAGCCUCCUUUCUCUAGAAGAGAACAGAGAAAGGGUACAAAUGGAUCUGGUCCCUUUCAGGAAGCACACAACAGUGCUGAGAAUGAGAAGGAUCAAUCCCACUGUUUCCCUCAGAAUGAGGUUGAAAGUUUGGAAGCUCUGGUAAUGUCAGAAGAAGUUAGCAAGAGCCACGAAGACACCCUUCACCUCAUGGUUGCUUCAGGAAACCUGGAGAAGGUGAAAUUCCUGUUGAAGCAGGGAGCUGAUGUCAACAAGAGGAUAGCCUGUGGCUACACACCCCUCAUCCUGGCUGUCCAAAAGAGGUCUCUGGAGACCAUCUUGCUCCUUAUCCAACAUGGUGCAGAUGUCAACAUGGCCGAUGAGGACAACUGGUCACCUCUCCAUUUUGUGGCUCAGAACGGAGACGACAGGAUUGCACGUCUCCUACUCGAUCACAAGGCCAACGUUGAUACCCGAGAACUUGAUGGGUGGACGCCCCUUCACUUGGCCUCUCAGAACAACUUUGAGAACGUGGUGCGGGUUCUCCUCUCACGCCAGGCUGAUCUCAAUGCUCAGGAGAAUGAGGGACGGACUGCCUUGCACCUGGCAGCUUGUUAUGGGCACAUCAAGCUCGUUAAAAUGCUGGCCAGCCAAGGUGCAGACUUGGAAAGGAAGCAGAAAAACCUCCGGACCCCUCUUCACCUCGCUGUGGAGAAAGGCAAAUUUAGGGUGGUCCAAUACCUUCUGAAGAACGGCGUUGAAGUCAACAGCCUGGACCAGAAUCACUACAGCGCUCUGCAUAUGGCUGUAGCAAAAGGGAAAUACCUUAUCUGUGAGAAGCUGAUAAAAUAUGGAGCCAUUGUGGACCUGAGGACAGACAAAGGAUGGACGCCUUUGCACCUGGCUUCCAUCGAAGGCUAUGUGGACAUCAUCCACCUCCUGGUGGACAACCAUGGCAAAGUGAAUGCCAGAGGAAGCCUGGACUGGACUCCCCUCCACUUGGCAGCACGUUACAGUGAGGCGGCUGCAAUUUCCGAGUUGCUAAGAAGUGGAGCGGACCCCAAUGAGGCUGAGAAUUUGGGCUGGACUCCACUCCACCUGUCAGUACAGCGGGGGGCUUUUCUCAGCAUCCUCAACCUCCUUGAGCACAAGGCAGAUGUCAACAUCAGGAACAAGGUGGGUUGGACGCCCACACACCUUGCGGUGCUCAAAGACAACGUGGCCAUCGUAAAGACUUUGCUGGAUGCUGGGGCACUGCUGGAGCUGGAGGACAAUGCAGGGUGCACGCCACUCCAACUUGCCAUCAGGAAUGAAAAGCAAAGCAUUGUGGAUUUGUUGCAAGGCAUGGAGUCCUCAAAAACCAGCCCAAGGAGCCAGGAGGGAUGAAGGGAAGGCACCAAGAAAACAUCCAAACAAAUCCGAGGUGGAACUGGAUUGACCUCAGAGUUUGGGAGAGGGUCAGUACCAGCAUGAGGAAUUCAAGUGGGCAAUAAUUUCUCUGCUUCUGUGGGUGUUGCCUCAUAGGACACGCUUGAGUUUGUGCCAUUGUCCUAUUAGGCACUUUCAGGAAAGUUGGUUUGAGAUGUGGCAAAAAAAAUGAGUCAAUUUCAUGGGAAAGAUAUAAGUGGUAUCUAACUCCUCUUAAAUGUUCACAUCUGUCAGGCAGCUCAAAGUGCUGAAGAAGAUGGAUCAUAUUCAACCAACUUCUACUAAGGGUAGACUCGCUGAAAUUAAUGAACCUAAAUUAAACAGACCUAUAAAUUUCAGUGGGUCUGCUCAGAGUAAGGCUAGAAUUGGUACAAGCUAAUAUAAAGAGUUGGAAAUGAAAGGUUCACCUAGACACCCACUUGCCCACUGCUUUCUCCCAGGAAAACCUGAUCUCUACAGCUGAAAGGAGCAAACAUCAACUGGGGUUUCUGUGGAUAGGUGUUUGUUCCGAUUCAGCAGUAAAGAGCGAGUUUUCCUGGGGAAAGCAGUGGGACAAAUGAAAAACUGCUCAGAUCCCUGUUUUCUAGGCACAGGGCAAGCAUAAGUGUGGAUGAGCCCUAACAGUGAAAUCUUAGAAAUGGAGUCACCCAACUGUAAUUCUGUUUACGAUAAUGAAUAGAGUCUCCUGCCAGAUGUGUGGGUGUUGCAGAUGAUAAAAAUAAUGUACUACUUUCAAGAAUGCUCUUUCCACACACAUUAUUUCAGGGAUCCGCAUAGUGACAAUAAGUCAUUGUUAUCCCCAUCUUGCAGAGGAACAGACGUCUCUGCUUUACCCGGAGUCAGUUCAUUGCUCCCACUAGCCCAGGACUGUACAGACUGAAGAUCAAUGACUCUCCAAAGUGGGAUUUAAUUGGCUCCAGUAUGCAGCCAGGAAGAUUAUGUGUGACGGAAAUUUAAUUGUAGGUGGGUUUUUUUGGUGAAGUUAGGCAAUAUGAAGUUUAAU